AGGCUUCAUCAGAUAAUGAAUUGACUGGUUAUAAAAGAGCAGCCCUCAUUGGUAGACAAUCAAACAGUUGGUCUCUCUACAGAGCAAUUCAAGCUACUUAUAUAUAAAAAACAAUCAACUAUUAAUAAUAUACUAUAACAAUAAUGCCUGCUUUGGCUGUCCUGCCUUUUGUUCUACUCCUCCAAACUCUCAUCUCCAUUCCAAACAGCAUAACAUUUGUGCUCAGGGAUGAACUUAACAUUGAUAACUCCCUCUUUGUCAAUGAGACUGGGCCUGCAGUCUUCAAGAGAAAGCUAACUGGGAUUGCAAGUCCUCUUUACGCCGAAUUAGCUGAAGGAGUAAUGUCAUACCGAGUCCAAUUAUACCACGAGCACAAUCUUGAGAAAGUCUAUUACUACACUGAAGACUGCAAUGGAGACCUUUCAGUAACUACGGAUAGUAAUUUGGCAACUACUUUUGUGAUAGAGACUGGAGACAAGUUCUAUCAGAAAGGAGGAAAGUUUACUAUUGGUUGCUAUCCUGAAAGCUCCACUACUCCAAGAUGGAUAGGAGUUAGAGAAGAGACAGAUGGUGAUGACCUCUAUCUGACUGCUGAUGCCACUAGUACUAAUUUCAAAGUUGCAGUCGGAGAAAUAACACCUUAUUACAUGAAGAGCAUAGUUUAAUUAUUGACAAUUAAUCCUAGGCACAUUAAAAUUUUGACUUUUUGUUGCACACUGUCUCACUUAACAGUACAAAUGUUAUUAUGACUAUUAUUAAAUGAAACAUUAAUUAACUAUUA